CUGUCUUUGAGAUUAAUUACUUCCUGUGGAGACAUACUCGUAGCACACUUAGCGCCUACUCCGUUCUUACGUCUGCCACUACGCAGGAAACAGCAGACGGCCGAAACGCUCGUUCGUGACGGUCGACUGUGCGAAGGAGGAAGCGAGAAGCACCCGUAACGACGAUGGCCAAGACCAUGGACCAUAUCAAGCGACCUAUGAACGCCUUCAUGGUGUGGUCAAGCGCCAAGCGCAAGAAAAUCGCUGAAGAAAAUCCCAAGAUGCACAACUCGGAAAUCAGUCGGCGUUUGGGUGCCGAAUGGCGGGAGCUGUCAGAAGAAGACAAGACCCCGUACGUGGAGAAGUCCAAGAAGCUGAGAGAACAGCAUAUGAGAGACCACCCGGAGUACAAAUAUCGGCCGAAGCGAAAGCCCAAGUCUCUAGCGAGGAAAGACCGGUGUUCGUCCAUGCCAACUCUUCUUGUCACCCCAGAUGUUGCUACGCAACUGUACGGCGUUCGACCAUCUCCCGGUCUGAUGCCACCGCCUGGUUUCAGCAAGGAGCACUCGGCUUUUUCUUUCCUUCAUAGUCCGUCACCUCUGCACAUUCCGUCGCCUUCUAUCAGCGCUUUCUCUUACGUAUUUCCGACGUCACCCGGUCUGCCAUUGGCCUCUGCUCAUCAUCCCUCGUCGGCACUGCUCUCGCCGUUCGGCUCGAGUCCGUGCUUGUGUUGCUCUCAGAGGUAUGCCAGUGCGCCCGACAUUCGGCGGCCUGUUCCAUUGCUUCUUGUGAAGCCGGACUCUUGACAGUCGAUUGCUUACUGACGCAAGUGGUGAUGAGUAAUGAGCAUAAACAUUAGGUUUCUGCCAUGAUACCAGAGUCAAUCUGGGAGAUUGGAUCGAGGUUUUUUACAGGGCUGGCUGUAAUAUAGACUGAUAUGUAAGAAGCUAUGUUAUUGUAUGUACUUUGUUGGUAAAUUCUAGUUGUAGUGAGCAUGUACAUAGAAAGAGAAGGCUACAAAAGAGACUGUUGUAUUUUUACAAGAUGUAGAGCUUCGCUUUGUAAAUACAGCACAGUUUGACCGA